AUGAUACGAGAUAAUAUUCAAGACUUGAUGAACAAAGGAGUGCUUCAAAUCUCCAGUGUUGGAAAGAAUGAAGAUGUGUCAGUAAUUGAACCUUGUUUCAAUUUACCUGAGCCGGUUGAAAUCCCUUACUAUAGUAGGAGAGUGAUGCCUGCAAAUAGUCAUUUGUCACAUGUUGAUAUUUGUAUGCCUACGCCGCUUCCCUAUGAAAGCACCAAGGUUGUGCCUUGGAAAUAUGAGAUUACCGUUAUGGACAAGAUCGUUGAAGUAAGUGAAGACGGUGAAGUGACAGAAACUGUGAAUGAAGACGUCACCAAUAUUGCAGGAAUGAGCAGAAUGACCCGUAGUGGUCAAAUCUAUACGCCUGAAUUCAAUGUGACUCUUCAAGUGCCAGCCAAGGAAUCUACAUUUAUAGCUCCUGCUAAAGAACCUGAAGUGGUCCAAUCUGAAGAUGUUAUUGAAUUCAUGAAGUUGAUCAAGAGAAGUGAUUACAAGGUUGUGGAUCAGUUGCAUCAGACACCAUCUAAGAUUUCUAUUUUUUCUCUACUAUUGAAUUCCCAGUCCCAUAGGGAGGCUUUGUUGAAGGUGCUUGCCCAAGCUCAUGUAACACAAAGUAUAACAAUAGACCAGUUUGAUGGGGUGGUUAAAAACAUCACAGCUUGCAAUACUUUAAGCUUUAGUGGAGAGGAAUUACCUGAAGAUGGACAAAAUCACAAUCGUACUCUCCAUAUCUCAAUGAAGUGCAAAGAUGAUGCUUUGGCAAUAGUUUUGGUUGAUACCGGAUCUUCUUUGAAUGUGAUGCCAAAGAGAACACUUGCCAAAUUGUCUUAUCAAGGACCAGCCAUGAAGCCCAGUGCCUUGAUAGUAAAAGCUUUUGAUGGUUCCUGGAGAACCGUGAUUGGAGAAGUAGAACUGCCCAUAUUGAUUAGCCCUCACAUAUUCCCGAUUACUUUCCAAGUCAUGGAUAUUAAUCCGCUGAUCAUCAUUUAUGAAGAGGAGGACUUUAUGGUCAGUCACCUUUCAUACUUCAGGUAUAUUAAGGCUGAUGAGGACGCUUUGGAAACUUCUUUCCAAGCUCUUGAAAUAGCCAACGCCACUUUUGUGGAGAUGAAGGACCCUGUUGGGAAAGCUUGUUCAUCUUCCGCUUCUCUGAAAAGCGUCAAGUCUAGUAUUGAAGGAGGGAACCCUGAAGGUUGGGGCCAGCUUAUUGAUGUUCGGGAAAAGCAUGAUCAUUUCGGUCUGGGAUAUGUUCCUUCCGCUGAGAAAGGAGCAUGUGUCCCUACAAAGGACAACACCCGAAGCAUCCAGGAAGUAUUCCUCAGUACAAGAUUCAUCCAUGGAGAUCAGGUCAAUGCAAUUGAAGACAACACCAGAGAUGAAGAUGAGUCGUGUUUGGUUUACUGGUGCAAGACAACUUUGAACAAUUGGAAGGCGGUUGAGAUCCCUGAAAUUUUUCCUUUGUCAAAGUAA